UCCUCAAGUUUCUCACUAAUUCUCUUCUUUUUGUUUCUGGCUCCUUUUACUCCUCUCUUUUGUUUUUUUCUCCAACAAAAUUUAUUUUUUAGUAUUAUCCAUUACAUACCUCAAUUCUUAGUUUCAUGGAUGUGGCUUUCUCGUGUUGAAGAUUAUUCCUCUGUUUGCUUACCGAGAAAAUGAGUGAAAUUUUGAAACUGUACAAUGCAAACAAGUCCACUGUAGAUUUUACUUUUGUAGAGUGGGAAGCUGAACUAGUUAUGAGUAUACUUUCCAAAAUAUUUUCCUUCGAAACAAAUAGAACUGAUUGGAACUGUGAUCUAUUGGAGGACAAUUGAAGCAUCAAUAAACAGAACUUUUGCAAUCUCCUUUUGAAUUGUGGAGAGAAAUAGAUCAGGAGACAUUUAAUGUGUUGCUCGAAGUCCUGGGUGUUCUGCCCUAAAUUAUACACUUCACAUUUAAUUAACUGUGCUUUUUAAAGAAUGUUUGUUUGAUGAUGGAAAAAUGGAUUAAAAUCUAUAUUAAUUCAUUUUUUUAAUUGUAAGUUGAACAAGUAAGAUACGAUAAAAAGUUGUGGAUUCAUCCAAUACCUUGCAAACUGUUAUCAGUAAACUUUUGGAAUAUGUACAAAUGUUUCACUAGCACCUGCACACCACCACUACUACUUCAGCAGUUCAGCUUUCUAACAAAUGUGUUUCUUUUAUAUAGGUCAACGUUCAGAACCACAAAAGAUCUUAAAAAUCAUGGUUCGAGAAAAAGAUGUUUGUUGGGAAUAUGCUGAGAAAUUGGAUGGAAACAAGGUGAAAUGCAAAUUUUGCCUCAGGGUUUUGAAUGGUGGCAUUAGUAGGUUGAAGCAUCAUCUAUCCAGGCUUCCAAGUAAAGGUGUAAAUCCAUGCAGCAAGGUGAGAGAUGAUGUCACUGACAGGGUAAGGGCCAUAAUAUCAUCAAAGGAGGACAUCAAGGAACCAUCUAGUGCUAAAAAACAGAGGCCUGCAGAAGCCAAAUCUCCUGGAAAUAUAUCUACAAGUAAAGCUCUCAUGGGUGUGGAGGCAGUAUCUCCAGUUGCUAAAGUUUAUCCUAUUGUUACAUCAAUAGCCCCUUCCUCCUUAAGUAACCAAGAAAAUGCUGAAAGAAGCAUUGCACUUUUCUUUUUUGAGAAUAAGUUGGACUUUAGUGUUGCACGUUCACCAUCCUAUCAGUUAAUGAUUGAUGCAAUAGGAAAAUGCGGUUCUGGAUUUACAGGCCCUUCAGUAGAAACGUUGAAGACUAUGUGGUUGGAAAGGAUCAAGUCUGAAGUGAGCUUGCAAUUGAAAGAUAUUGAGAAAGAGUGGGCUACCACUGGUUGUACUGUCAUUGCUGACACAUGGACUGACAACAAAUCUAGAGCUUUGAUUAACUUUUUUGUUUCCUCACCAUCCAGGACCUUCUUCCACAAGUCUGUAGAUGCAUCAUCAUACUUUAAGAAUACCAAGUGCCUUGCUGAUCUAUUUGAUUCUGUUAUUCAAGACUUUGGUGCUGAAAAUGUUGUGCAGGUAAUUAUGGAUAGUAGUUUCAACUAUACUGGUAUUGCCAACCAUAUACUACAGAACUACGGAACGAUCUUUGUGUCUCCCUGUGCUUCUCAAUGUCUGAAUUUAAUUUUGGAGGAGUUCUCAAAAGUUGAUUGGGUAAACAGAUGUAUCUUGCAAGCACAAACAUUAUCAAAGUUUAUAUACAAUAAUGCCUCAAUGCUUGAUUUGAUGAAGAAAUUUACUGGAGGGCAGGAUUUAAUCAAAACUGGUAUCACAAAGUCUGUAUCCAAUUUUCUAUCACUACAAUCAAUGUUGAAGCAAAGAUCAAGGUUGAAGCUAAUGUUCAGCAGCAAUGAGUAUUCUACAAACUCAUCAUAUGCAAGUAAACCACAAAACAUAACUUGUAUUACCAUUGUGGAGGAUGGAGAUUUCUGGAGAGCAGUGGAAGAAAGUGUGGCCAUCUCUGAGCCCUUUCUCAAAGUGUUGAGGGAAGUAUCUGGCGGUAAGCCUGCUGUGGGGUCUAUAUAUGAGUUGAUGACCAGGGCCAAAGAAUCAAUAAGGACUUAUUACAUAAUGGAUGAGAGCAAAUGCAAAACUUUUUUAGAUAUAGUGGACAGAAAGUGGCGAGAUCAGCUCCAUUCUCCUCUUCAUUCAGCUGCCGCUUUUUUGAACCCAAGUGUCCAGUAUAAUCCAGAGAUAAAGUUUCUCGUUUCUAUUAAAGAAGACUUUUUCAAGGUUAUUGAGAAGCUGCUUCCUACUCCUGAAAUGAGACGUGACAUCACCAAUCAGAUUUUUAUUUUUACGAGGGCAAGUGGAAUGUUCGGUUGCAAUUUAGCAAUGGAGGCACGAGACACAGUUGCACCUGGGCUGUGGUGGGAGCAAUUUGGUGACUCUGCACCAGUAUUGCAACGAGUUGCCAUCAGAAUCCUGAGCCAGGUUUGCAGCACUUUUACUUUCGAGAGACAUUGGAACACAUUUCAGCAAAUUCACUCUGAAAAGCGAAAUAAGAUCGAUAAAGAAUCAUUGAAUGACCUUGUUUAUAUAAACUAUAAUCUUAAGUUGACCAGACAAAUGAGAACUAAAUCGUUAGAAAGUGAUCCUAUCCAAUUUGAUGACAUUGAUAUGACCUCAGAAUGGGUAGAGGAGAGUGAUAAUCCAAGCCCAACUCAGUGGCUUGAUCGAUUUGGUUCUGCAUUAGAUGGGAGUGACUUGAAUACACGGCAAUUCAAUGCGGCCAUAUUUGGUGCUAAUGACCAUAUAUUUGGUUUAUGAUAUUGUAACUCUUUGUACACUUACUCACCUGGAAAAUUAGCUCUUGUUAUUUUAGUGGACUA